UUUCUGUUUGAGCCACGCCUAUAACUAAUUAAUUUAAAGUUGCUGAGGUUGAAAAUGGCUACUCAGGGCAAGAGAAAAGUUUACGUUGUUGGAGUCGGAAUGACUAAGUUUGAGAAGCCUGGACGGAGAGAUGACUUUGAUUAUCCAGACAUGGCCAAAGAAGCAGGAACUAAAGCAUUGCAAGAUGCUGGAGUGGCUUAUACUGACAUAGAGCAAGCUGUUGUUGGAUAUGCAUACGGUGAUAGUACAUGUGGUCAAAGAGCAUUAUAUCAACUUGGAAUGACAGGGAUCCCUAUCUAUAAUGGACACAUGCACGGAAGCACGUCAUCUUGA